AUGGCGGACGACGAUGGAUUUCGAGUGGUAAAGAAAAGUAAAGGUCGCAAACACAGGAAUAACAGAGAUAAAAACGGAUCUUUAGUGAAAUCUCGGAACAUCUCGACCUCCUAUGAUUCAGAAAAGUGCGAUGUAAAUGAGUUAAAGACGAAAAUCGAGAAAUGCAGGCAGGCAAAGGUUUACUUUUUUACGAAAGUUUUGUAUUUCGCCUUGACGAUGUACUGAAGAUGAAGGUUCUACAUGUUUACUUUACUGAAUCCAGAUAUUUUAUCCAUUAGGGAAGAAAUUUUCGGGAGUGAGUUUCUUUUAAAUGUUCAAGGUAAAAUACAAUAAUUAGAGCAUUAUCUGUCAACUUUUGUCAGCCCUCCUUAGCCCUUCCCCACCCCCACCCCCACCCCCUUCUGCCUCACUUAUCCACCUGAGGCCCAGUUUCUAAACCCUGGACAAACAGGAAGAGACUAUUGUUCAUUUAUAUUACAUGUUCCAUACCCUAAAAAUUUUAAUAUUUCAUCAAGGAUGUCUCACUCAACCAUGAAAAAAAAAAAAAUGGCCUAGUAAGGGUGGUACAAUUGCUGGUGACCCAGUGGUUUUUGUUAUGGCCCAGGCAUUCUGGUGGUCCGAGCAGAACUGGAACCCUGCAUUGAGAGUCCAUUGUGCUCUUCGCUCAACCAUGCUGCCUGCCAGGAUUAAUUACUCAUUAACUAGUUGGCCAGUGGAAGGAUCAUUUUUCAGAGGAGGUACAAAGAGGUGCUAUACAAAGGGAUCCCUCCCUAACAAGUCCUCAAUUUUGUUUCUGUUUAGAACUACUUUGUGAUGGUCAUUAUAAGAAGAAGUCCUGUUGUCCAGCUGAGUCUGCUGUUGGACCAGAUAACAAAUUUAAAGUCAUCCCAGAAGAACCUGUUACUGAUAUUGUUUGUUAUGGAAUUGGAAAACUAUCUUCAUGUCCUAUAGCUAGAUAUCAGUUUGCCUUUUUGCUGUUAUUGAGAGAGUUGUUAAAGGUACUUAUGUCUGGUGAUAUCCUUAACUGUCCAAAUAGCAAAGCUGCUGAACACUUAUUUCUCUAAUCUUUUUCUUAGACAAGCCACCUAAGUCUCACACUUACUUCUACAAGGGCAGUAAAAUUGGGUACCCAAAAUUAUCUGGGAAAUGAUAAAAACCUCUUGCAGUAACCUGUUAUGUCCUAGUUUCCCAUUCAGGAGGAUAAUCAAUACUCCUAGUCAACUUGGGCAUAGAAACUAGGAUAAGUAUGAAUUGUACCUGUGACUCAGCAUUAGACUUUUUUACUUUAAGGAUGAUAUUUAUUUAGAAAUAGGGUUGUAACAUGUUAUUGUACAUUUCCAAAAGAGACUUCUAGGAUGUUUUUGAACAACAGAUCUGCAAUAUUUUAUUGACUGUUAUGGAGAUUCAAUUGCAGUGAUCUUUUCCAUCAUGGUUAGGUAGAAUUGUUUUGUAAUUAAUAAUCUCUCUAUCAAUUUUUUUGUGACUAGAUUAGUGGAUUGUGUUUCAUCUAUGAACCUCAUUUUUCUCAAGAUGAUAAAGUAGUUGUUGAAGAGUUGGGAUGUUCUCUUAUUGAUCACAAUGAGGUAAGAUUUCUUUCUUAAGUAUCAGAUUUAUGAAUAAAAGGUGAUGGACGCUUGAAACAUGAAGGAGUCAAAACAAUGCUACACUUUAGUCUAAUUACUCUAAUGACUGUUUUCUUUUUUCUUCUUUUUUUUUAGGAAGGAAAGAGAAGGGUAGAAAACUUAACUCUUUUUUUCAUGCUUCAUUGUGGUAAACCCCUUUACAACAGUGUUCUUUGGGCUAACUGGGGUCUGGGGCUAUCCAAUGUUAUCAUUCUUGGGAACAGAUUUACAAGCUAUCAAGAAAGGUAGGGGUCUUGUUUAAUUUUUUUUUUGUUUAGGUCAUUACCAUCAACUGUUUUUGUGCUCCAUGGCUUUCCCUUUUGUGAAAGUGGGUUGGUUGGUUGAACAAAUAAAAAAGAAGAAAAUUGAACAUAAGAAAUAAUAAUUCUUGGACUAAACCUUAGUUCAGGAAAAGCCUGAAUAAAGAUGUUCACUUACUUUGGUUACAGGAGAUACAAGUUUACCUUGAUUAAGCAUUAAAUGAUAGGUAUCAAGGAACAUCAAUUUUUUUUAUAUUGUUCUCUACAGAAUACCCUCCAGAAAGCUAAGAGAAGAAGCAUCAUAUAUUUACAAUGUAUCUUUUUUCUUCAGUCUAUCAUAUUUCCAUCUAUAUAACAUCUUAAAUCUGAAUUUAAAACUUCAUGCCAAGAGUGUUGCCAGAGAGGGAGUUAAGUUUCUUAAGGAGAUACUUUGUUUUCCAAUUCUACUUUGACAGUUAAUAAGCUCCUAUAGGUAACCUAAUUGCUAUUUAACAAUAAUCUAAAAUUAGGAAAAAAAUCUUCACAGGUUAACUGAAAAAGAAGCCUGAAAAAAUUUCAUGCUCUAAGGGGAAGUUAAUCCAUGCUUCCAAUCACUCUUACGAAGGGCUAACACUCGAAAUGUCAGCCUUUAAACUCUUUAUGGUGGCCAAUCUACAUUAUCAACUCAGUUGAUAACACAAAAUUUCCCUGUGAUACUCUCCCACUAAUGCAGCACCACAGUUUCUUUAGAAACUUACCCCCUUUAUUCCAAGAUAGUGGUUAGGCACUACUUGAAAAAAACAUGUAGUUGUUUUUGUUUCAUAUAAACUAUCUUUGGGCAACAACUUGUCACAAUUAAGGCUAUUUGUGACUGUAUAAGAACAUUUUUGUCACUUUUUUCUUCAGUCUUUUGCUAGAUCACCUUUUCAUCAGUUUUUCAAAUGUGCCACUGAAAAGAGGUAUAAUUCUGUGAUAAUAGCUAGUUUAUUGUAAAAUGUUAUUCCAAAAACAACUCAAACAUUAAAUUUUUUUCAUUUAGAAGUUGUAAUUAUUAUGGAUAACCUUUGGUUUGUUGUCUUUGUUCCUUUACCUGUAACCAUUCAGAUACUUCCGUAUACGAGUGAGACACCGAUUCCUAACACUUUUCAUCACAGUGAUAUCUUCAAUGACUCUGGAAUCCAUUGGUUUCCCAGGGAAGUGCUGGCAACAGUACCAGAAACAUUAUGGAAGGAUUGCGCUGAACCAGUGUACUGUGAAGAUGACCCUGAAAUUGUGACAUCUGAUGUAAACAUUUCUGUUUCAUAGCCAUUUUAAGAGUUUUUUGAAAUAGUUUGUCCAAAAUUUCUCUUAUACUCAUAAUAAUUCCAGAAAUUCCUCCCCUCCUUCCAUGCUAAUGAAACAAACAACAUUAUCGUGAGACCUUUAGUUACCUCAACCAGAACUUUACAACAGGCAUAGGCUGUCUUUACGCUAACUUAAAUUUGUGUCCUCGUGCCGUAAUUAUCGGUUUUUACAAGGUUUUUCGUUAUAUAUAUUUUUUUUAUGCCUCAACAUCAAAUGCACAUUACUAUGAAUACAUUUAGUGGAAAAUGAAGGAAAGUUCCACCCUAUGAUUUCUGUCUAUGACGUCCAAUGAAACCCUUAGGGAGUUGAAGGGGAAGUUAUCAAAUCUCUGUACGUCCACUUGUUUUCAAUGCAUCUUUGCUCUCCAAAAGAUGACGACAAAUUCGGAGACUGGUUUUGAUGGAGAAACGUUAUUGGUUAAACUGGCUCUCGGAGAAACUCAGUUUAAUCAGAGCCGCUACAAACCAAGUAAACCUGUUAUGGACCCAGAUUUUGCGCAAAAAAGAUCGGUUCCAAUCGGCAGAGAAAAAUUAGAAACUUUUAGUGUGGUAGGGUUAUUGGUGGGUCUAAUUCUCAAUCUUUAAAUUCAUG